CUAGCUGUAUAUUAUUACGCUGUGGUUUUAUAUUAGCAAAAUGAAUGACAGUUGAGGAAGUCCAGUCGUUUAUAAAGUGUAUGGCGGGAAUAAAGCUAACGAAUUCAUAAAUAAUUUCUCUAUGAAUGUAUCGUACCCUGAAUGAAAAUAAAAAUGCCAUUACCUUUAUCAUAUUUCCCUAAUUAUUAUUCUAUAGAUGAUAUUUUAGCUACACAAGAACGUGUUCCCUGUAAAUUUUUACUAAAUAUUCCAAAGAUGGGAAAAUUAAAUCCUUCUGCAGCAGAAACAGAUCUAGCAGCUGGAACAAAUUUAGAAUUACCUGUGUGGUUAGUUUUAGAAAUGUCUACAGGCCGCCAGCCAGUGGUACAACCAGAGUUACCGAAAAUAUAUAGACAUGCUUAUCAGGAAAUAUUAAAAGCCGAUGCUUGUGCAGUAGAUUUACACAGGUUCAAUUUAUACUUUUUUGAAUUGGGAUGGCAUAUUAAACAUUUUGAUAUGCAGGGACAUGUUCAUACCGUUUUAUUAGAUACAUUUAAAACUCGAUUUAGACAGUUAAUGGACUUAGCAAAUAAUUCUCUGUCAAACCCCUCUGUUCAACGGCAGUUAGAUACUUUAGAAAAAACUAUAUUUAAGGAUGGUUAUAAUGCAAGAAUGAAACUUAAUCAUUGGCUAAUUCAAUCGGAAGCAGCAAUAGAGGCAGCUAGUAUGGUUGUUAAUCAUAAGAAAAGGAAAAGGAUUGAUAUAAGCAAUUAAGUUCGUAUUUGUAUACUUUUGAAUUGAUAUUUAAUAAAAACAAAAAUAUUAA